AUGGAGCCGCCCCAAGCUUCGGGGGCUGCGGCCUCCGCCUCGUCCCCAGCUGCUGCAGCAGAAGGCGCAUCAGAAGCAGCAGCAGCAGCACCAGCUGGUGCUUCUGGCCACCAAGAUGACCCGUCAGCAGCAGCAGCAGCAGCAGGUGCAGCAGCAUCAGGAACAGGGGUGAAUCGCUCUGAGGCGGCAGCAGAUAUACCACAAAAAGACAUGAAAGAAGACCGCUUCCUUCAGGCAACACUGCGAGUGCGAGCAAAUGGUGGAUUUCUCCCCAAUUGUCUUUUUCUUCCAAAUGCAGCAGAAGAAUGCACCAGAGAAGGACAGACACCCAGGCUACGCCUGGAGAUGGUGCAGGAGAUACUUAUUGAGCAGACGCAAAUCUUGUGGAAGACAAAAACACAAAAUCUCUUCAGAGCAAACGCGGAGGCAUACCGCAGGCUUACAGACGACACAUACACCAAGUACUUGCCUGCAGAAGGCCGUGCUGCAGCAGUAGCAGCAGUGCAGGAGCAGCUGGUGAAUAACUGCGUUUUGCUGCUGAGCUGUCUGGAGCUUUUCGAAUUGGCAGACCCGCCUCCAACUCAAGAAGUAAGAAAACCCCUUGCUGCUGCUGCAGGUGCUGCUGCUGCAGGUGCUGCCGCUGCACCAGUUGCUAUGUUGUCAUGCAUGCUGGUGUCUAGACAGUUUACUGAGUUCUUAGAGGGAGGGGCGGCUACGGCUUUCAUUACGCAGCUUCUUACGGCCCUGCGCGAGUCUCCAGGCGGAGAGGAGACAGCUGCUGCUGCAUUUAGAGCUGCAAUUGAGGCAUUCUUUGCUGCACUUACAGGGCGAGGAGUGGGAGACUACAAAGCCCCAGCUGUCGGCGCUAUCCGGUUCUUGUCUUCUUUCAAGCCCAUCGCUUCUUUUAUUGCUGCUGCCCCGUGUUUUAUGCCUUCCUUCUCGCCGCUGCUGCCCGGGUCGCAGCCCGGCUUUUACCUCCAGGAGAAUUCGCUCUUAGGUCGACUCCUCUCCUUCUCUCCUUUAGAGGGGCCUGUUCUACCCAUCCUCAAGAACAUUUGCCGGGCAGGGAAGGUGGAGAGACACCGCGUGGUACAGUGGUUUGCUGCUGUUUUGUCUUCUAACGAAGCGAGAGCAAAGGCGGCUCACGUGCACAUGAUGCUGCAGCAGCAGACGCCUGAGUCUGCUGACCCCCUUCAUUCCUUCCUUAUCAAAGCGCAGGGUCAGAACUCUUUUGGCUUUUGCAUAAAUGUCUUUCACGCCCUUUUGCUUCUCGUCGAGCCGAUUAAAUACGAGAAGAUCUGCGAAGUGUCUCCCUUCUACGCCACAUGCGGCUCUGCCAGCGAUACGGUGCGGCAGGCGGUUGCCGGGCCGCUGCGCCGGGAGGCGCUUCUGGGGGAGGGAGAAGCAGCAGCAGCAGCAAAACAAUUCUACAAGACAAUUGCUGCUGAUGAUGCAAAUGCCAAGUUCACCUCGGAGAUAUUCUGGCUAACGAUCCGAGCCGUUCGACUCUGCUUCAAUCCCUGUGCAAGUGAAUGCAUGCGGUGGAUGGAGUACUUCCAAAGACGACACGAAGAGGGAAUGCAGCAAAAUUCGGCAGAGUCGAAGCAAAUUGUUGCGGAGGUGUUGGGGUGGCGCGUGAUCCUGCUGCACCCUCGGCUGUGCAGCUUAUACUGGCACUUCGCUCAUCUCUUCUGCUCGUGGCUGCUGGGGUGUAUGUACAUCUACACCUCUGACGGUAAAGAAGACCCCAAAGCUGUCUCCUUUCUGUCUAACCAGAAGUGGCGGUAUGCUGCUCUGUUGACUCAGCUUCCACCGGGCGGAGCGGAAAAGCCCGCAACACCGCCUCCUCAGUUUGCAUUGCUGCCUAGCGGGAUUGUAGAAGAGAUAUUUUUGUCUCUGCGUCAUAUGGCGGAGCUGCAGGCGGUCGAAGUGACCCCAGUGGAAUCUGCUUCUGCUGCUGCUUGUGUUGCUUUCGGCACUGCUGCUGCUGCUGCUGCUGCUGCUGCUUCUGGUCGUUUUGGCUCCUACUACGACCGCAUUAACUUUCGUAUACCAAUUGUAGAUAUGCUGAGUCGUCUCCUCGCUAACCCCGACUACAGAGCCAAUAUGAAGACCCUGGCGGAGACACAUCCAGAGAAGUUUUUGCAUUUGGUGCAUUUGCUGCUAAACGACGUCGCAGCGCUCGUUGACCAGGCAAUGGAGGCCCUUGUGGAGAUAAGGAAGAGACAGCUUGAAGGCCGAGACAAUGAUCAGGCCCCUCUUCCUGGUCAAGCUGCUCCUCGCGGUGCUGCUGGUGCUGCUGCUGGUGCUGCUGCUGGUACUGGGGCCUCCAGUGGUAGCGCUAAUGCGAGGGGCCCCCAGGGGGCCCCGUCUUCGAUGGAGGAGGAGGAUUCAGAUGGAGACGAAGUGCAAGCCGACAAGACAAAUGGGGAGGUCAUUAUCACGGAAAUAUUGAGGGAUGGGAGAUACUACAAGCACGCGAACAUAGCCAAAGCAUGCCGCAUAGCACGUCGCGAGGGUUUGAUGCCUUCGGCGCUUCUUGAAGAAUUUCAUUCACUGGUCAAACGACUGGCGGAGAUGGAACAGGCAGAAAAAGAAAUCGAUCUUGACGACGUCCCGCCUGAGUUUUUAGAUCCCAUAAUGGCGGAUUUGAUGUGUGACCCGGUGAUGCUGCCUUCGAGCCGCGUCAUCGUCGACAGAAGAAACAUCGAACGCCACCUCAUGUCGGAGCCUUCAGACCCCUUCAACAGGGCACCCCUUACCCGCGAAGAACUUAUACCGCAGCCGGAGUUAAAGAAAGCUAUAGAAGAAUUUACAGAGGCAAAGCGAAAAGCAGCGGCCGCUAACAGGCCCUCAAAAACCUAG